CUCUCUCUCUGUCUGGAUCUGGGCUAGUGUUUGGUGGCAGCGUUUCUCUUCACUGCAGGGGCAGCUUCAUUCUCUCCUCCAGGAUGUCGGGCCUUCUGACCACCUCUCUUCUGCUCUUCCUCUCCCUGACGCUGUUCCAGACUCCCACACCAGAAGCAAAGCCUCUCUCUGCCAUGCGUGGAGGAGGUGGAGUCCGUCUGCGAAGAGACCUGCGGGAUUCAGUGCCCUACGAGGCCCAGAUGAUGUCUUACCCCGCUGCUGACUUCAGGAGGGGAAGCAAUGAUCUGUACUACCAGCCAGAGGUCUUGAGAGCUCGAGGUCUUGGACAAGCCCUCCAGCGACUGGUGGAGAACGAUCAGAGGCGGGAACAGGAAGCAGAUUAUCUGGCGUCGAUGCUGCGGCUCCUGAACGAGGCACAGAAUAACGGACAGGGCAAACCUGAGGAAGAGGAGGAGGAGGAGGGUGAUUUCCAGGGCCCGUACCCUCCGGACUACGAUGAGACCGAGCAGGCCGUGAGCAUGGCCAAGCCCCAGGCUUCAUGGCAGGGCCUUCUGGAUCCUCAGCUUACUCAGGCUCUACUCAACCGCUACAAGCAGGAGAGACUGAUGCAGACUGGACUCGCUCCGAACACCAACAGGAUUCCUGAGAGAGAGCAGGACAAAGACCAAGAGAUGCUCAGGUACCUUGUUGAGAAGAUCCUCUCCAGCUUGGCAUCGGGUGGCAAUCAGGGAGGCCCUUCAAACCAGCGUGCUAAACGGGACCUGAGCAUUGUGGCCAACAUGGAGCAAUCUGGAGGACCCGCCCUAAAACGCUCCCGCCGGUCCCUGGACUCCGCCCCUGGCCCCUCCCCCCAGGUCGAGGCAUCGCUACUGAGGGUGAAACGGCUCGAUGGCGACGUGGACGACGACGAGGUCGCAGGGCAGAGCAACAGAACACCACACGUCGGCCUGCAGAGAAUGAAGCGCAUAGACACUGACCUGCCGCCCCCCAAAAAACACAGCCGCAAGCGCAGAGCCCUGACCUACGACCCCGCUCUGAUCGCACAGCACAUCCUGCAGUACCUGCCAGCCUAAAGAGUACGAGAAAGUGAGAGGAAUAACAAGGAAACGUUUGGGGGAAAAUAGAGGGAAAUCUAGACAGACAGAGGGACUGCAACAUUUCACUUGCUUACAGAUACGCCAGCGCUCAUUGUCAUCUGCCUAAAUCUAAUCAAGGCCUGCUUGCCGAGGUACUUUGAUAUGAUGUUGCUCUGUUUCAAUGUUAUACUAUAAUAAAUCCCACACACAUAACAGCU